AUGAUAAAAGCAGAAAGCAAAGGAGGAGAGAGGAGCCUAAGAAGCGCGUCCCCUCAUAGAAAUGCCUACAAGUCUGACUUCCACACCAUUAAGUGCACCUUUGAUGGGACAAAGUCCGAAUGUGCAUCUAAAACAGUUGCAAAUGGAUCAAGUGACAGCCGGGAGGACUCAAGGGGGAGGCCUUUUGGAACCAGAGUGAACAAAAUAAAGAACAUAUUCCUACAAAUGGAUGGUCAACAGCAGGAGUGCCAAGAGGGGAAAGUGGCUCUAAAGACUGAUCUCCCACAGGUUUCUCCUCCGAAGAUGCAGUUUCCAGUCAACACUCACAGAGUUAACUUCAACAGCUCUUCAAGCCCUGAAUCGCAUAAUUUAGAUAAAACACCCAAGGGAGAAGAUGUUGAGAUUGACAAAGUGGCUUUGGCAGAGAAGUUUUCUGUAACCAGAAAACUAUUUGAAAGGGGCAUCAAAGAGCAGCCUGUAGCUGAGAAGCAAUCUCCAAGCAGAGUAGUAACUCGUUUAUCCCUUGGAAGUGCCUCUGAUGAUGGAAAAAGUGAAAAGAAGGUAUCGGGGUGCUUAGAGGCCACUAUCAAAUCUGAGCAAACUCACGUACCAGCAGCUAAGAGCCAUUCAGAUGAGAUGGCUGAUGGUGAAAAAAGGCACACGUCUAGAGUGUCGCUGAAUGCAGGGCCAAUGUCAAAACGGUUGGAAAAUUACAUAGUUGAGAAUGAUUUGGAAGACAACAACACAACUGCCGGGAAAGGAGGAAUGGUUUCUGCUAAACAACCCAGUACCACGGAGCACAUUCAGCCAACUUCUCCAGCAAGAGACAGCUUAUACAAAGCUACUUCUCCUGUAAAAGAAACCCCUGACUCUUCAACCAAUGCCAACAGGAAUAAUAAAGACAGCAAAUCUGCAUCUUUGGGGUCAAAUUUGGGGUUGAAAUCAACAUUUCCACCAUCAAAACCUGUUUCCUUGACAACUGAUGAUAGUCACAAACUCACACAAGAGGAAUCCAUCCCCAUUAGCCAUGGCUACAAGUACUCCUCUGUGGAUGGGUUUAUUCGAACAUCUGUUAGUGGGAAUGGCGGCAAACCCUGUAGUCCACCCCCAAGGGAUGCAAAACAGAACGCCAACCGAGCAUCAUACUCUGAAAAAGUUGAGAGUAAUGACAAUGUAAUUAUCAGCCCUACUGCGGACAAACCUUCCAGCCAGACUUCAUCGCUGCAUUCCAAAGGGGCGGGCAUGGUACGGGCUGAACUGGUAGUCGUUCAAAAUGAGUCCUCAGAUAGUGAGGAGAACGAGGGUGAGAACAAUGAAGAGGAUGUGUUUAAGGAGCAGAAAGGGAGAUGCCAGAACUACCCGAAAAUAACUUUUCCGCCAGAUAAGCAGAGCGUUAACCAAGCUCACCAGCUCGCAUCACAAGAAACCACAAAAGAAGCACAAAAGGUAACAGACAUUGUGGAUGAGGGGCGAGUUCUUGAGGAUAAUAACGAAACUGUGCUGAGAGAAGAGAGAGUGGAAGACUAUUUAGUUUUGAACCAGGACUGUGAAGAUGAUGAGACAGCGGAGGAGGAAGAGGAGGCUGCACUGGAGGAGCAGGUGGAUCAGAGCGCUCUGGAUCGGGCCUCUCCAGUAGUGUAUGGUAUUGAAAAUGCAGCAUUUGUGGAUGACAGAGAUGUAGACCAGGUCCUUAGGGAGGAGGAGGAGGAGGAGGACGAAGAAGAUUAUGAGGAGGAAUAUAUGGAUAGGGAAUAUGAUGACUGUUACGAGGCUCCCGGUCUGUCAGAUGAGGACGAACUUCCUUCAAAGAGAAAAAUCAAGUUCUCCACGGAUCCCAUUUUGGUAUUCAGCACUUUUUCAAAUGAAGAAUACGACCGUCGGAAUGAUGACGUUGACCCGGUUGCAGCAUCUGCUGAGUAUGAGCUGGAGAAGAGAGUGGAGAAGAUGGAUGUUUUUCCUGUGGAGAUUGAGAAAGGAGAAAAUGGACUUGGUAUCAGUAUCAUAGGAAUGGGAGUGGGAGCCGACCAAGGUCUGGAGAAGCUUGGUAUCUUUGUGAAAACUAUAACUGAGCAGGGAGCUGCUGAGAGAGACGGCCGGAUACAGGUGAAUGACCAAAUAGUUGAGGUGGAUGGUAUCAGUCUGGUGGGAGUCACCCAACUCUUUGCUGCCACAGUCUUAAAGAACACUAAAGGCACAGUGAAGUUCCUAAUUGGUCGGGAGAAGCCUGGUACUCAGAGUGAGGUAGCCCGCCUCAUAAGUGAGACUCUGGAGCAGGAAAAGAACCAGCUGCAACAACAUUUGGAUGAACACUCUACAGAAGAGGAGGAGCGGUAUGAGGAGGAGGAAGACGAGGAUGGAGUAACAGAAAGGAUUCUCGGAUCCAAUUUUUCUCCUGGACGAAAUGUUGAUGUGUUUGAGCUUCCUGAUUCAGAGGCCAUGUUCAUGCCAGCCAACAUGAACAGCUCUCAGAUGGCCUUUAAGUUCAAAGAGCUGCAGCUCACACACAGUAUUGCCAUCUCUGAAAUCAAUCAACUGAAGGAAAAGAUGAGGGAAUCGGAGGAGGAGAAGUCAAUGUGGGAGGCAAGGGAAUCUGCACUGGUGCAAAGAAUUGAGGAUAACAAUGAAAAGAUCCUAAAGUUGGAGAAUUACUGGCUGGAAGCACAAGCUGUGUGUAAGAGUGUGAAUGAACAAUUAUCUGAAACUCAGACUCAGUAUGAGAACCUGGACAAGAAGUACAACAAGGCCAAGAAACUGCUCAAGGACUACCAGCAAAAAGAGAUUGACUUUGUGAAAAAAGAGGAGGAGCUGAAAAAAGCGCUCGAUGAAAAAGACAAGUGGUACAGGGAGCAGCUGGAGAUCCUGCAGAACAGGAUAGCCGUCCUGGAGUCCAGAGGUGCUUCAGUGGUGGAAUGUCAGAGUGGUCAGUGCUCCGCUGCAGAGGAGAGAUUAAGCAGCCAAGACUCCGUCACUAACACACAAUCCAUUGACUCACUGCUAGAAAAAGACUGGGGUGAGCUGGUACCUGAAACAAAGCUGUUGGACACCAGCGCCCACAGAGCAAAAGGCCAGCUGGCUCAGAAGGCCAAACGCCAGCCUCCAUCCCGGAACAAGCUGAAGGAGAGCCUGGCUGUGACUUCAUGUCCCUCCCAGGAAACUGAAGAAGAGGACGAGCAGGAGGAGCAGGAACCUGACAAGAGACGGAAGUCUAUGCAGGAGAGCAUGUCCCUGCCAGUCACCGCUUGUUAUCCUGGGAACGAACAGAAAGACGAUCCAGCCAGGAAUAGAGGCGCCUCCAGCAGUAAAACAGAGUUGUCCAGCAGCCCAUCGUUGUCACCAUCACAAGGAGACAGUGUUGAAAGCAGCAGCAGUCCUCCUUUGUCUCCUCAGCAGCACAGUUCCUCACCACAUUCUCCCUCGAGUUUUAUGCGUAACGUGAAGAAGAGAGAGUCCAAAGGCAAGGGUAAAGAGCUCAAAGGUAAGCAAGAUCCUCCUAUGACACCAGAAGCAGAAACACUUGGUGCUAAUGAAAUGAUGAGAACCGUUUCAUUACAGAGGAGCCAAGUGAGCCAUCUCCAUCAGGAAAGCCUAAAAGAAGAUUUCCAGACUUCGGGUAAGCAUCGCAGCUUACCACUAAAGCCACUAAUGAGUUUUUUUGUGACUAACUGCAUGAAAAUUACUGAUCCAAACAGAGGUCUCCGGAAGUCAGGAGGCAAAGGGAAGAAACAUGACAAAGAGGCCAUGAGAGCAUCUUUGGACAGCAGGGGAUCUGCAGAGUUACUAGAGGAAUCGGGAGGGAACCUGUCCCCUGCAGAUUCCAUGACCUCCAUCCCUACAUGCAUGCCAUUCUCUUGGUUUGGAGACAAGGACAGAGACAGGGAGCCCUCCUCCUCCAGCAGUAGCCUUCCCUAUGCUGCCAACGAUACCAGCAGCGAACAGAGCCAGGAUCGUAAAAACAAGACAAAUCUCUCCUGGUCCUCUUUAUUCAGUCGCUCUUUAGAUUUGAGUUUGUCAGUCAUAGAUGAUUCUAACCCUGCCAGUCCCAGUUCAGACAUCUCUGGGUUAGUUGCUGAGCCCAAUCUGUCUGGGCGCUCACACACUUUAAUCUUCUCUUCCAGCGAGACUUUGGAUGAUGAACCGGCAGCUACAGGAAAAGAGUACCAGUGGCAGAACCGGCCAGUUUCUGAGUGGACCAAUCAGCAGGUCUGCCACUGGUUGAUGGGCAUGAACAUGGACCAGUACACACCAGAAUUCACAGCUAAAGGAGUUGAUGGUCAGCAGCUCAUGCACUUGGACAGCGACAAGCUGAAGGCACUUGGCGUGAUGAGUCAAAGCGACCGUUCAACUAUCAAGAAGAAACUGAAAGACAUGCGGAAGGCCCAGGAGAAGCUGGAGAAGCAGCGAGAGAAAAGGGAGAAGGAGGGCCGGCGCAGCGGGAGGCUGCCGCUCCCGACGGACUCCGUCUGCUGA